AUGGAAAACAAAGUCAUUCUUGGAUAUUGGGCUAUUAGAGGUUUAGCUUAACCACUAAGGUUUUUCCUUGAAUACAUAGAGCUUCCCUAUGAAGAUAAGAGAUAUACUGAUCCAUAAGAAUGGUUUGGAAAAGACGAUCAAUCAUUCAAUAAUCCAUUUACAAAUCUACCCUAUCUGAAAGAUGGAGAUCACGUAAUUCAUAUUAUUUAUCAUAGACUGUCUUUGAAUCAGAUGCCAUCUAUUAUUAUUUAGCCCAUAAAGCUAAUAAGCCUGAAUUACUUGGAAAAGAUGCCAAAUAAUAAACAAUGGUAGCAACUAUUAGAGGAGUCAUAGCAGAUUUAAAGGCUUCAUUCCUUACUUGGACCUAUGGUAAUAAGGAAACAGCAGAAGCCAAAAAGGAAGACAUGUUGAAGGAAGCUGAAGAAUACUUUAGAGCCUUCAAUAUUACAUUAGAAAGGUCAACAUGGUUAACUGGAGAUACAGUUACCUAUGUUGACUUUGUAUUAUGGGAAUACGUCGAUGAAUUCCUCGUAUUGGCUCCUGAAGUGAUUACUUCAAAGCCAAAGCUUGUUGAAUUUCACAAUAGAAUUUCUGAAUUCCCAUAAAUAAAGAAAUAUCUAGAAAGUCCAAAUUACAUUAAGAGACCAUUCAACUCCCCUCCUUAUGCCGUAUUUUUUUGAGUUGAAUUAUAUAUAUAGAGAUC